AUGAGGAACGAUCUCGAUCACCUUCUACCUUACCCCUAUAUUACAAUUCUGAGUUAAUUUUGGAAAUGCAUGACGUCUACGUAGAGCAAAAGUCGAUAGGGAUCCUACAAUCCUAUAAGGGAUCUCAGCACCGCAUUCAUAAACUUCGUGUUAAGGAAAGACCAAUUCACAAGGGACAUGGAAUCUCCAAGAGAACCGAGCUCCUGAGCAAAA